GCUGGGAGAGGCCAGGCGAUCGGGCAGGUCGGGGGUCCGUUGGGCGGGCCCGCGCGCACCCGUGGGGCUGCUGGGAGCUCCAGGGUAGAGGGAGGGUCCCGAACUGGCGGUGCGCAGGGAGAGGGCGGGGGCGGCGAGACCAGCACCCCAGUGCGCCCCGAUGAGCCAGCGAGCUGACCUGCUCCGUUUCACCGGCCCCAGGCCUGCGCUUCCGGCUAGAUCGGUCCGAUCCCUCCCUCUCUCGCUCCCUCUUUUUUUUCUGCUUCCUACAGCCCUGUUUCCCUUGUCUGCCCAGCUCUCCUCCCCCCUUUCCCUCCCAGGAUGGCCCAGAAGGAGAACGCCUACCCCUGGCCCUACGGCCGGCAGACGACUCAGCCUGGCCUGAACACCCUGCCCCAGAGGGUCCUCCGGAAGGAGCCUGCCACCCCAUCCGCGCUUGUCCUCAUGAGCCGCUCCAACACCCAGCCCACAGCCGCCCCUGGCCAGAAGGUGGUAGAGAACAGCAGUGGGACCCCCAACUUCUCCAUGCGAUCCUUCACCAUCGAUGACUUUGAGAUUGGGCGUCCUCUGGGCAAAGGCAAGUUUGGCAACGUGUACCUGGCUCGGGAGAAGAAAAGCCAUUUCAUCGUGGCGCUCAAGGUCCUGUUCAAGUCUCAGAUAGAAAAGGAGGGUGUGGAGCACCAGCUUCGCAGGGAGAUCGAAAUCCAGGCCCAUCUGCAGCAUCCCAACAUCCUGCGUCUCUACAACUAUUUCUACGACCGCCGAAGGAUCUACUUGAUUCUGGAGUAUGCCCCCCGGGGCGAGCUCUACAAGGAGCUGCAGAAGAGCCGCACUUUUGACGAGCAGCGAACAGCCACGAUCAUGGAGGAGCUGGCAGACGCUCUGUUGUACUGCCACGGGAAGAAGGUGAUUCACAGAGACAUAAAGCCAGAGAAUCUGCUCCUGGGGCUCCAGGGAGAGCUGAAGAUCGCCGACUUUGGCUGGUCUGUGCAUGCCCCCUCCCUGAGGAGGAAGACGAUGUGCGGCACCUUGGACUACCUGCCUCCAGAAAUGAUUGAAGGGCGCACGCACAACGAGAAGGUGGAUCUGUGGUGCAUCGGGGUCCUUUGCUAUGAGCUGCUGGUGGGAAACCCGCCCUUCGAGAGCGCAUCACACAAUGAGACCUAUCGGCGCAUCGUCAAGGUAGACCUGAAGUUCCCAUCCGUGCCCACGGGAGCCCAGGACCUCAUCUCCAAGCUGCUCAAGCAUAACCCCUCCGAACGGCUGCCCUUGGCCCAGGUCUCAGCCCACCCUUGGGUCCGGGCCCACUCUCGGAGGGUGCUGCCUCCCUCCGCCCUUCAGUCUGUCCCGUGACUUGUCCCUGCCAUUCAUUCGGUUGUGUCUGUCUGUAUGCCUGUAUCUGUGUAUUUGGAAGGAGGGGUACCCGGCCUGUUCCUCUGUCUGUCUUCU